UUGACUAAUUCCCUGGAUGCUGUAGCAGGCCGCCCCUCGUGAUCAAGCUGUCUUUUCCCUCCUCGCCUCUUCUGCCCAAAUCGUUCCCCUGCCCUUCCUUCACCCUCCCGUCCGAUGGGGUUCAGCAACGAGGCGAGCUCCUCCGGCUACGGCAUCGACGCCUCGGGGCCGCUCCUACCGCCGGUGGGUGGCGGAGACCCGCACCCGCUGUCGUCGCAGCCCAAGACGGUCGCCAACGUCUUCAUCGCCAUCGUCGGAUCGGGCGUCCUCGGCCUCCCGUACGCGUUCCGCCGCACCGGCUGGGCCGCCGGCAUCAUCCUCUUGCUUGCCGUCGCGGCCCUCACCUUCCACUGCAUGAUGCUCCUCGUUCGCAUCCGCCGCUGCAUCGACCUAGACCGAUCCGCCAAGAUCGCCUCUUUCGGCGAUCUCGGUUUCGCCGUCUCAGGCACCGUCGGCCGCAUCUUGGUCGAUGUCAUGAUCGUGCUCAGCCAGGCCGGGUUCUGCGUCGGCUACCUCAUAUUCAUCUCCAAUUCCCUCUCCCACCUUCUUCCCCUUUCCUUCGCCUUCCUCUCCUCGAAAGCCGUCUAUGUCCUCGCCGUGUUGCCCUUCCAGCUGGGUCUCAACUCUAUCAAAACCCUAACCCUCCUCGCCCCGCUCAGCAUCUUCGCGGACGUCGUUGAUCUCGGCGCCAUGGGCGUCGUCAUCGUCGAGGACAUCUCCAUCUUGCUCUCCAACCCCCCGCCCCUCCACGCUUUCGCUGGGCCGUCCGUAAUCCUCUACGGCGUCGGCGUCGCCGUCUACGCCUUCGAGGGCAUCGGAAUGAUCCUCCCCCUGGAGUCGGAGGCCGCCGACAAGUCCAAGUUCGGCCGCACCCUUGCCCUUUCCAUGGGCUUAAUCGCCUUCAUCUAUGGCCUCUUCGGCGCGCUCGGCUACGCCGCCUUUGGCGAAGAGACCAAGGACAUCAUCACCGCCAAUCUCGGCGCCGGAGUUCUCACCGUGGCCAUCCAGAUUGGCCUCUGCAUCAACCUCUUCUUCACCUUCCCCGUGAUGAUGAAUCCGGUGUUUGAGGUGGCGGAGAGGUGGGUCACCGGGAAGAGGUACUGCUGGUGGCUCCGCUGGUCGGCGGUGCUCGCGGUGAGCCUUGUGGCGACUCUCGUGCCCAACUUCGCCGACUUCCUGUCUCUAGUCGGGAGCAGCGUGUGCGUCGUGCUAGGAUUCGUGCUGCCUGCGGCCUUCCAUCUGAAGGCAUUCGGCUCCGACCUGAGCUGGACUGAAGUUGCUUCUGACAUCUUCAUUGUUGCCAUUGGGAUGGGUCUCGCCAUUUCCGGCACCUGGUCUUCUCUCGUCUCCAUCAUCAACUCGUCGGAAACUUGAAUUCUCUGCUCUGUGCCUGUGAGUUCGUGUGUACUACUGUUGUAGAAAAUUUAUUCAAAGUUCUUGUUAUGUAAGAGAAGAAGAAGAGAGAAACGCGGGAAUGAAUCUCACCUCUUAAUUGAGAAGAGAAGGGAAAGAUCUCUUUGAAUUCAUUCUACGAACAAGAUAUUGAUUCAUGCUAUGAAUCAUUAUCUUUAAUGAUUCAUCAAUAUUACUAUCUUAUAUAUUGCUUGGCAAGUUCUUGUAUGUUUCAAAAACGCUCAAUGUCUCUUGUCGGAUCUACUUUAAUACUAAAAGAUCAUAACAUUGAUUGGCAAAUUAUUCAGGCAAGCUUCGUUAACCACGACAAAAUUUUCUUUGAAAUAU